UUUCCAGCUUAGGCUCUGGAAAGUUUUGGCUGGGGUGGUUCAGGGAGCUGGAUCCACGUGCGUGGCCGGGAAGGAAGGGGGCUUAGCCGGCGGGGCUGCGAGGAAAGCGGAUCUUUUCCUGCGUGCAUCUCUUGGAACGAGGAUCAGAGCCGCCUUUCCGUGAGGGCGCCAGGUAAGAAGCUCCCUCCUUCCUUGCUCCCUCCCUUCCCUUUUCGCACGUGGUAAUCGUGGAGGAAAACACUUGGCUGGGGUCGCUCCGGGGAGGGGGAUCCACGUGCGUGGCCGGCGGCGAUCGCGGAUCUUUUACUGCGAGCAUCUCUUGGGGGCGGGCGAGGAAGAGAGCCGCCUUUUUCCUAUCGAGUUCCAGAUAAGACGCUCCUUCCUUCCUUCCGUCCGUCUCACCUGGGGAACUGCUUGGACAAGUGACCCUUAAUAGAAGUUUCUGAGGCGCUAUUAAGAUCCCACUUUUUCCUUGGGGAGAUUAUUAUUAUUUUCCUGGCCCUUCCUGAUCGUUUCCCGUCACUUGCUUUUCUAUGCUUUGUUUUAGAUCCUGUAGGCCUGGAAUUCAAUGGUUGGGGAACAGGCGGGCAGAAAAGGGGGUGGUCCCUCCCAGGUGCUGUUGUUUCGGGGAGUUGCUCUGGACGAGCCGUCUUCGGAGAGAGCAUCGGACACUCUCAUGGCCUCAUCUUCAUCUCCAGGAACCUCAGUUCUUUAUAAUGCAGGAUUAACAGCGGUUGAACUUCCAAUGCAGAAUUUGGUAUCAUUUGAGGAUGUAGCUGUGUUUUUCUCCGUGGAGGAGUGGGCCCUGCUGGAUUCUAAACAAAAAGCCUUAUACCAAGAGGUCAUGCUGGAAAUCAAGAGGAACAUGGCCUCCUUAGGUGACGGAUGGGAGAUGGAGGAUUCUGGUCAAGAGGCAGCAGCACCUUUGCCAAAAGACAAAAAGGAUGUUACAGAAAAGAUGGAUGGAAAGCAAAGUUCUGAGGAAAACCUGUUAACGGUUGAGCUGGAUAAUUGCUCUGGUUUACCUUGUGCAGAUACCAAUGUCUUAUUGGACACAGAUGAUUGCCAAGAAAAAGAAGUGUGUCCAAGGUGUGGGAAAACACUUCGAGAUGGAUUGGGAUUUUGUGACUGUUGCCAAAGCCCUGCUGGAGAGAAACAGGAUGAAAGCAGGCAACCCUCCAGGAGGACUCUUCCUUCUCCUUUACAUGAAAGAAUACAAGAAGGAGGGGAAAUGUACAAAUGUAUGGAGUGUGCAGAAAGCUUCAGUACAAGCCGCUCUCUUGCACUGCAUAAAAAGAUUCACAAAGCAGAGGAGCCACACAAAUGUCUGGAUUGUGGAAGGACCUUCAGGCAGAAAAAUCAUCUCAGUUCACAUAAGAGAGUCCAUAAGGGGAAGAAACCUUAUACAUUCCUGCACUGUGGAAAGAGCUUCAGUCAAAAAGGUCAUCUUAAGUCACACAAGAGGAUCCACACAGGAAAAAAACCAUUUCAAUGCCUGCAGUGUGGAAAGAGCUUCAAUUACUCUUCACACCUUACUGCCCAUAACAGAAUCCACACGGGGGAGAAGCCCUUUCAAUGCCCGCAGUGUGGAAAGUGUUUUGCCCGUUUUGAUAGCUUGCAGGUCCACGAACGGACCCACACAGGGGAGAAACCAUACAAAUGUCUGGAGUGUGGAAAGAGUUUCGGUGAUUCCAGCCGCUUAACUUCCCAUAGAAGAAUCCACACUGGGGAGAAACCAUAUGAAUGUCGCACUUGUGGGAAGAACUUCAGUAGAAAAUAUAACUAUAUCGUACAUAGCAGGACCCACACUGGGGAGAAACCCUUUCAAUGCUUGCAGUGUGGAAAGUGUUUUGCCCGUUCUCAUAGCUUGCAUGCCCACGAACGGACCCACACAGGGGUGAAACCAUACAAAUGUCUGGAGUGUGGAAAGAGCUUCGGUGAUUCCAGCCGCUUAACUUCCCAUAGAAGAAUCCACACUGGAGAGAAACCAUAUCAAUGCGCUGAGUGUGGGAAGCGCUUCAGUCAAACACGUCUCCUUAUUCUCCAUAAAAGGAGAAUCCACAGUGGAGAGAAACCAUAUCAAUGUGCCGAGUGUGGGAAGUGCUUCAGUACUCCACAGAAUCUUACUGUCCAUAAAAGGAUCCACACAGGUGAAAAGCCUUAUAAGUGCACCAAAUGUGACAAAUGCUUCUCUAAUUUGGGUUCUCUCUCUCGCCACAAAAGGAUCCACACUGGGGAGAAACCAUAUGAAUGCCACAGGUGUGGAAAGAGCUUCAAUAGAAGAUAUUGCUAUAUUGUACAUAGCAGGACCCACACUGGGGAGAAACCAUAUCAGUGCCAGGAAUGUGAAAAACGCUUCCAUGAUUCUCAAGCACUGAUGAUCCAUAAAAGGAUUCAUACAGGGGAGAAACCCUAUAAAUGCACGGAAUGUGGCAUGAGUUUCAGAAAAAGUAGUUUUCUUGGUAUCCACAAGAGGAUCCACACGGGAGAAAAACCGUAUACAUGUUACGAGUGCGGAAAAAGCUUUAAUGAAAGUAAUUCACUCAGGAUCCAUAGAAGACUUCACUCAGGGGAGAAACCCUAUAAAUGCCUGGAGUGUGGAAAAUGUUAUAGAGACAGUGGUAGUCUUACCUCGCACAUGAGAAUCCACACAGGAGAGAAGCCAUUUAAAUGCAUCAACUGUGGAAAGAGUUUCGGAGAUGGCAGGAAUCUCAGGGUCCAUAAAAGAAUCCACACGGGAGAAGCCGUAUGAGUGUGUGGAG